AGUAGUAAUUUGACACUUGUUUUGUUGACGCUGGUGUCACAUUGAUGUUUACAUCUGACUUCGAUUUGUUUUGUUUUGUUCUACUCAACUUUGCAAGCUUUUCAAGCAAUAGAAACGCGAUACUUUUUCAGUGCGGUAUUUGCGGAAAAAUGCGCUCGAUACGUGUUUUGGAGGGGCGCACAAUUAGAGCCAGUGGCCAAAGAAUGCACGCAAGGUGCAUCAACUUCAAUGAGUUGCCAAGUUUUCGAGUGUUUAAAAUUCCAAUGUAUUGACUGAGCUCCAAGGCCUUAAGCAGCUUCUAAGUGGUGGUUCAUCCAAAGCGAAGCUGCUGAAUGACCGCAACUGAUAGCUGACGUAGUGAAGGCUGGACGGACCUUUAUUGGUAAAGUCUAACAUGGCAUCGGAUUCCGCAAGGUUUCAGGCCUUCCGCGACGACGAAGCAUCGAUCAAUAAAAAACUACCCAAGGAACUGCUGUUGAGAAUUUUUUCAUUUUUGGAUGUUGUCUCCCUAUGCCGGUGCGCUCAAGUCUCAAAAGCCUGGAACGUGUUGGCUUUGGACGGCUCAAACUGGCAGAGAAUCGAUCUGUUCGCUUUCCAAAAGGAUGUCGAGGGCCCCGUAAUCGAGAAUAUCUCCAGACGAUGUGGCGGAUUUCUCAGAAAGCUUUCUUUGAGGGGUUGUCAGUCAGUUGGGGAUGGCUCAAUGAAAACUUUAGCUCUGUUAUGCCAAAACAUUGAGGAUCUUAAUGUGAACGACUGCAAGAAGAUUUCAGAUACAAUAUGCACCGCUCUAUCGCGCCACUGCCAUAAAUUGCAAAGACUCAACCUGGACGGCUGUCCACUGAUCACUGAUAAGUCCCUCAAAGCUCUUAGUGAUGGAUGUGUCAAUUUAACUACCAUAAAUAUCAGUUGGUGCAGCAACAUUACAGAGAAUGGCGUGGAGGCUCUAGCAAGGGGCUGUCCGAAACUAACGUGUUUCAUUGCCAAGGGCUGCGAACAAAUCACGUCGAGGGGCGUUAUUUGCCUGGCUAGAUACUGCAGCAAUUUAGAAGUCAUGAAUCUGAUGGGCUGUGGGACUAUUAGAGACGAGGCCGUUCAAGCCUUAGCCGAAAGGUGUCCCAAACUCCACUACUUGUGUCUAUCUAGUUGCUCAGCUCUAACCGAUGCUUCCUUGCUUGCCCUCGCACAGUAUAGCACCAUGCUUUCCACGCUGGAAGUUGCAGGAUGUGCGCAAUUUACCGAUGCAGGAUUUCUGGCCUUGGCUCGGAGUUGCCGCUAUUUAGAGAAAAUGGACUUGGAUGGGUGCGUUCUUAUUACCGAUGCCACGUUAAUACAUUUGGCGAUGGGAUGUCCACGAAUAGAGUAUUUGACUUUAUCGCACUGCGAACUGAUAACCGACGAAGGCAUUCGGCACCUGUCAAUGUCACCGUGUGCUGCCGAAAAUUUGACAAUAUUAGAACUAGACAAUUGCCCGCUGGUCACUGACGCGUCACUGGAAUAUCUAACUUCAUGUCACAAUUUACAACGAAUCGAAUUGUACGACUGUCAACUGAUCACCCGGGCGGGGAUCAAACGACUGAGGAACUAUUUGCCGAUGAUUAAAGUGCACGCUUACUUUGCUCCGGUGACGCCUCCACCAAUGGGUUCAACUGCACGUUCUCGAUAUUGUCGUUGUUGCGCAAUUCUCUGAGGUCGCCGCCCCUCGCACGGCUCCCCGCCGCCCCCGUUGCCUAUGUAGGAGCAACCCUAUUGACGUGACGUAGGUAGAUUUUUAUGCCUUUUUCAUCUUAGCAGCUGGAGCCAGACAGGGGCAAUUUCUUGAGAACUACCCAACAUGCAGGGUGUUUCAUAGAAGACGCAAAUGACCGUUAUAAAGUUGCGAUUUUUUCAAAAUUCUGUUUGGAAACAUCCUGUAUUAUUUGCACGUUUCAUUUAACGGAGUGUCUGAUGUUGAACCUCACGUUAAACCAACGAAGGAGUUGUCAAAUUAUUAAUUAUCAUUGCAAUGAGAAUCAGUACAGUAGAAUCUCGAUAGUCCGAACUUUUUUAUUGCACUUUCAUUAUUUUACUGCAAAUCGUAUGCGCUUAAUUGGAUAUUUCUUAGGUAAAAUACUGGAAGUUCGAACUAAAUGGGUUUUACUGUACUAAAUUCAAUGUAAAACUGCCCUGCAAUGGUUGGCAAAUCUCCAAAGCAUCAGACCGAUUAAGUUCAACUGAGGACGCAUCCACACAUUCUAUUGUCUAAUUAUGUGGUUUCCUAACUAUAUAAACUACCCUAGUUGUGAUAUAUUUAGAAGCUCUUCAUGUUAUAAUUAUUAUACACCUGUAAUGUUAAGGUAAUUAGUUGAGCUUGAAGUGGGAACAGGAGGAACGGCAAGAAGUUCAGUUAAUUUCUUGAUCAUGUUUGUCUUUUGAUGUGAGUUGUAAUUUUGUACGCCGCCCUCUAGGGGGUCGUUAGAGGAAAACCAAUGAGAAAUCUCAGCUCAGUUGGAGUAAUGGAAAUUUAGAAUGGGGCUUCGGUUAGCAUUUAGCAUCCUUAUUUUCCGCUAGAAAUUGCCCAAUUUACUGCUCGGAGACUGACAAAAUUCAGCAAGAAUUAAGCACAAACUUAUCCUGAUUUCUCAUUGAACCGAAGACUGCUCAAUACGGAUGCAAAUCUGCCAAAAUUAAGAAAUCGAUUGAGUUCUCACACCCGAACAAAAUCUGAUCUCAAACAUGUGAAUAACAAAAAUAAAUCAAAAUACCACUGAAGCCCCACAUUAUGCUGUAAUAAUAAUCACUUAUGUUUAGUUAUUGACCAACGAUUACUCUAAAUCUACGUUAAAUUUGAUAUAUCCCAUAUACCCCUAGUUAGUGAUGGUUCAUCGAUGAUUUGCAAUCAUUCACCCUUGAUCGGAACAUCUCAAAUUGCCUGUGAUAUGAAAGUCAAAGAUUAUGGAACGUUUUCGCUUAGUUUGUUCCCCCUUUGGGGUUUUUGGCUCAGCCAAAAUGUCCAUAAAGUUACUAUAUUAGUAAGUGUUUAAGGGGUUCCUUAAUUAAUCGGCUAGUUGUUUGAGCUUGCUUGUAUGAUUUGCAAGCGUACUUGUAUGUAACCCUAGCGGUAGGACUUAUUGUGUAUUUAAAUUUAAGUCAUGUAUGCCCUACAUGUUUAAAUAUUUUUGUAGUCACUUUUUAGCUUAUUUUAUAUUUUCAUAAUAAAUUAAGUCAUUAAGAAACAGUGAUUUUGUUGGA